AUGCCCAAAGUCCUCAUCUUCGCCGGCGCCCCCGAGGCUGACUGGUCAUCCCCGGAUUCCCUCCUCCUACUCCCCCCCUCCACCCCACCCGCUCAACCCGCCCCGGCUGCCCCGGCUGCCCCCACAUCGGCAUCAGCCUCCUCGUCAACGUCAGCACCGGCAGCCCAACCCGCCGCCGUCCCAUCCUGGCGAUCCCUCCCCUUACACCGCCAGCCUCUAACCACGGGCUACUCCCAACCCCACGGCCUCCCCUCAGACUUCCUCCCCCCAGCACACUUCUUCUCCCUCGCCCUGGACGCGCAUACCCAAGAACCAAACAACGACACCACCGGGUCCCAAGACCUCCUCUCGCAACAGUUCUACGACUACUCCCUAGCCCUCCACCACGACCUCGCCUCCUCCCAGCUCCCCACUCCUGCCCCCUCCGCAUCCCAGCCAAACCCGACGAGACAGCAGACAAAGACCUCCUUCAACACGACAACAGGGAUAGAUUCCUUCCUCACUGAAACCACGGAUUCCUUUCAAGACACCACGGCAGAGAUAUCCACAUUCAUCACCUACAGCGCCCCGCGUCCGCCCCUACCAACAUCCCACCACCUAAGCGACCUAGAAGACAUCCCCCCGGCCCCGGACCUCCUCCGCCUCGCACCGCAGACGGUGACGGUAAACCUCAUCGCCGGCGUCAUCUCCGUCUCGGCGCCGCGCAGCGUGACCACCCGCUGGGGCAACGACCUCGCCCUCGUCGAGGUUCUCAUUGGCGACGAGACGCGCGCCGGCUUCGGCGUCACGUUUUGGUUACCCGCGAACCCUGACCACCCCGCAAAGAGCACUGACCAGACGGGAGGAGUAGCAGCAGCAGCAGGAGCCCCGACACAGCCGUCGCAUCUUCGGAGACAGGAUGUCGUCCUCUUGCAGAAUGUCGCGCUGCACGUCUUCAGGGGUAAAGUGUACGGGCAGAGCCUGCGCAAGGGGCUGACGAGGACGACGGUGCUGUACAGGCGGAGGCUGGGGGAGGGCGACGAGGGCGGGUACUAUCGUCCGAGGGACCUUGAGAGGUCUACCGUCGGUGCGCGUGACGGGGUAGGAGGUGGUGAUGGAGGAGGAGGAGAAGGGGGAGGGGACGGAGAGCCGAUGGCGGUGCAUCCGCAACUUGUAAAGACGAGGAGGGUGUGGGAGUGGGUGCUGAGGUUUGUCGGCGGCGAGGAGAGGACGACGGCGAGGGGCAAGGUGAGGAGGGGGUGGGAUGCGCUACCUGAUGAUACCCAGUGA